AUGGCACAGAAACUGGUCAAAAUGCCCACUGCCCAUGGGCAUACUGCGGGCAUAUUUGCAGACAUGUCUGUUGAUGGUCCCCAAAUCGGCACAUUGGUGGUCAUUUUCGACCGAGCGAAGAAUCUACCCAAUCGAAAGACCAUUGGCAAACAAAAUCCCUACGUUGCCGCACGAUUAGGAAAGGAAGCGAAGAAGACAGACACUGACAUGAGAGGUGGUCAAACUCCACGAUGGGACCAGGAAAUCCGAUAUACCGUUCACGAAUCGCCGGAUUACCUCCAAUUGAAAGUUUCUGUUUUCAACGAUGACAAGAAAACGGACUUGAUCGGAGAAACUUGGGUGGAUCUCAGCUCAGUGAUCAUCCCUGGCGGAGGACAGAGCGAUUCAUGGCACGAAUUGAGAUUCAGGAACAAGUAUGCAGGCGACAUCAGGCUCGAGAUGACAUACUACGAUACUCGUCCGGAAGAUGAAGCCGUCAUUGAGAGGAGAACUGUGGUGACAGAGAAGCCGCAGUCAAGAUCUAGCAAUAACACCACCACGCCUACUAGCUCGUCAUCACUCUCAGGACCGCGACAGCCACGGCCGAUUAAACGCCGACCCCUACCAGAUGACCCGACCAGCGCUUCCCCAUCACGAGCGAGCCCCGUGGCAUCUGCUCCACCAGCUGCACCUGUCGUUCCUAUCGCACCUGUCGCUCCCGCAGUGGCUGUUCAAGACUAUCCGGCGCCGGUGCCUCAGAACACCCAACCUCCACGACCUAACCCAGAUCAUGUUCGGCCAACGAGCUCUCAUCGGCAAAGUGAUGCUCGGCCAUCCUCGAGGCACGCGGAUAUGCCAAUGUCCCGAGCAUCUCAGUUCAAUCAAUAUGACCGUGGCGCCUCUGGGGUCAUUUAUAAUGAUGUUGUUGAGCAGGAUGAUCUAUACAGUGCUCAGCCACGUCCCUAUCAGGAACCAAACGACGCUUAUUAUGGAGAGCCUCAAAGGCAAAUGCAUCGUCCCGUUGCAGAAAGCUACAGUGAUGCCUAUGACCCUAAUAGCUACCAGGCUCGAGGCGCUCAUGAAGCUGUAGAGAAGUACUCUCAAUAUUCGGAUCAGCAACGCACCUCCCAUCCUGAUGACACGCGUUAUGGUACGGAGCCGAUACCCUACAUACCUGAUAGACACGCUUAUCAGGCACCAUCCGAUGAAUAUGCCAUAAAUGCCCAAAGCGAACCCUCUUUUGAAGCAAGCGACCAUUAUCGGUAUAACAACGCACUCAUUCAGCCGGACCCGCGUCGACAUAGCCCUUUGCGUCAGCUUAUGGCACCUGAAGAUGAUCGGUUUGCAUACGCUGCUAUGCAACCAACUGUGGAAGACGAAAACGACGAGGGCUUGCCUCCACCACCGCCUAUCCAUCGGACGACCGUCAACACGAACAUUCCACAUUCAUCAGGCACUGCCGGUUACAAAGCUUACUCUCCACAAGAAUAUACACCUCCACAACCUGAAGUCCGAGAUUCACAUCGAUCUUCAGUUGUAUCACCUGCCGAACAAGAUCUUGCAGUUUCAAUGUCAAGACCAUCUCAGGCUCCACCUAGAUCUUUUCAUACGGAACUACCGAGCUCAUCAGUUCCUGUCAGUCUUGCUCCUGGCUAUAACACGACAAACGAAACAAUCGACAGUCAACAAGCAUACAGUCCGGACCGCUCUUAUGGUCGCUUUCAAAGCGGUACUCCUUCUCGGGAAGUUACGAAUUAUGUGCCGAACGUACCGCAGCAGAGCUCCGCCAUUCGACCAUUGCGCACUUCUCCGGCACCGAUAAUGGAUAGGGCUAGAUCGAUCAGCCCAAAUCCUCGUCCAUUAUCCUAUAGAAAGUCUGUAAGCCCUCGUCCGCCAUCUAGGGACGAGCGUGACGUGUCUAGCGUGCCAUUUUCUCCCGACUCGUUUGACACCUACAACCCCAGACGUUCACCGUCCGCUACUCGUGAAAGUGGAUCACAGUAUGCGACACCCGAUCGGAACGUCGAGAACAGUCAACCGUCUCAGGCAAACACAGAUGAUGGUCCCAUAAUUGGAGAUGAUGGACGAAUCAUUGAUCCUUCAGAUCAUCUUCCAUCAGAGUCUUGGGCACCCGAGCCAGAGAAGAAGAACAAGAAGCCGGAAGUCAUCGUUCGAUUUAAACAUAACCCCCAACAUUCUUCGUACGCCGCUCGCGCGUCACCCCGUGAACAGCAUCAUUCUGCUCCCGCAACCCCGGAUGCUGUUGUUCGGAGUGGCGUUCGACCUCGCAGUACUUACGUGAUACAACAACCGCGGCAAUCCUAUGAACGUCACCAACGCACCUCGACAACGACCACUUACACACCACCUCGGACGUCCACUAGAGACUAUGACAGACAGGAUCCGUAUGCGCAACCACAACAACAUCACGCGCCUUCCCCGACAACGUAUAGUACCCCACCGCGACGGAGGUCUAUCUCCCCCAAUCCACAGCCACGGUCUUCACCACUUUACUCUUUCGCGGAUAGUGGGCCGCCCAUUCCAGCCAAGGUUCCUAUUGCCGCCCCAGCCUCUAGUUUAUCGCCUACUACUUUCACCCCUUCAUCUACGUUUCCUCCGUCUGCUUCGUCUGCUUCUCUGAUGUCUUCGCACCACAAAACCGAACAUUCCGUACUCCCUCCUGAAGAAGAAGAGUCGAAGAUUGUCGAGAAACCUGUUCCUGUACGCGAGUUUGGCUUCCGGGCCCCUGAUGAGUACCAUCAUAGCCACCAUAAACUUAUGGCGAUGGCUGACUUGGUUACUGAUCCUACGUACUCUCAACAGUCUAAUUGGACUUAUCAGCACAACGAUUCGGCAGGGCGUUCGUACUGGCAGCAGCCUCUUCUCACGCCGGUCACCUCUUCCUCACAUCAAGAGUAUACCCAUCACAAUGACUGCUUCCCAUCUGUAUCCGCUGCGGGUGCCGCGGCUCAUGCCUACGACGGCGUUUGUAACGAAAAUGGGACAGACAUUGACUACACCAGCGCGUCCAACCAUCGUGAUGCAAUGUCAUAUGCUACUGCCACCACAGUCGGUAGUGGCAUAAGCAGAACUGCUGGGAAUGCAAUCAAGGCUGAUUCAGAAGACGGGAAGAAGUCUGAAUCCUCCAAAUAUGUUCCUUUCUGUCAAUACACCGACCCAGAGAACGGCAUCACGGGCCCGUGCACCGAGAAUCCUAAUCCCGAGGACAUCAACGCUCGCAAGAUCGUUUCACACAUCUUCGGCCGCAACAAGAAACCCACUCAGAACAUUCCCGAGCGUCUAUGGAUCUGGUACUGCCGCAAGCACUACCAGCGUAGCAAAUACACCUGCUCCAACCAGUGGCCCCAGAAGCAGGUCGAUCUUGUGCGUCAGGCACUGAAUAACUUUCAACAAUGGGGUGAAAUUUCGUUCUGGAACGUCGUGCUACGCAAGCGUGAGCAGGAUCGUCAGGACCGUACUCGUCGUAGUGCUGGUUCCAUGGAAUAUCCUACUGGCGAUCCCCAUUACUUUGCUGCAUCAUCUCGUCGUCCAGCCGGCAAAGUUGCUCGAUCUCAGAAGGCGCGUAUCACUGCUGCCGCAGCGGCAGGCCAUCUUCCAGAAGCAUUGACCCUCGAGUCUAUGGCCGCACGAACCGCACAUCCAGGCCUCACUCCCACAGGCCGUCGCAAAGCCUCUCCAAAGAACGUUCCUUGCCCCGUGCCAGAAUUUGUCUAUCCCUAUCUCGGCGAGUAUCGUACCUUCGACCAGGUGCGCGAGCUGAUCGACCAGAUCGAGAACUACAUCCAGGGUAAAGACAAGACUUCCGAACAGGUGGCUCGCGAGAUUGAAGAGGAGGAACUCCAUGGUCGAGCCCCAGAGGUGCGACGCUUUCCUGAUAUUGAGAUCUUGCCUGUCUUCUCGAGCCGCUAUCAGUGUAAGGUGGACAAGAAGGAUGAAGACAGCAAGCGGGUGAAGAAGUCCAACAUGCGCGCGGGGAACGUCGGUCUUGGCCAGUCUUCGUCCAAGACUGCAAAUAUCUACGAGAAUGCUGCCAAUGCUGACGUCUAUCGUGACGCUAGUCGUGGCUAUCAUUACCAAGCUGCUCCCAUUCCUUCGAACCACGUCCAGCAGUACCAUCCACAACAACAUCAUCAUCAUCAUUCAUACCAGCUUCCGCCUCCAACUCAGUUGGCUACCGUCAAUCCUGCGUUCCAUCUUCCGCCUCCAGUGCCACAGCACGCAACUACUCAUUCGACUUUGCCGUUCUCUACUCCCUACCGUGAAUUCUCGUCCUACAAUCCUUCGCAGCAGCAUGAUGGUCGCACUGCCCAUGCUCAGCUACAUACUGAUUUACAGCACCACCAACAACACGAAGGCCGUCCUGUUGGUCUUCCACUUCCAUCUUUCCACUCGCAGUUCCCUCUUCCUGACUUCUAA